CUGGGUCCCACGAUAUCCCUCCUGAUAUUUGGAGCUAGUGUUUUAGUACAGCUUCGUCGGAGAAGAUGCGGGUUUUGUCGUCACUUCCCGCCGGCGGGAACCUCUUCAGAUCUCCGCCGUCCGAUCCCCGACUCAAUGAUCCACUUCCCAGAAUGCCCCCGCCCCUUUCCAUUCCCAAAAAGCCCCCGCCUCGUCUUCCCAGAGUACCCCCCAAACAGUCCCCUUCUCUGAAAGCCCCACACUCCCGCACCAAGUACCACAAGCCAAUCCCUCCCGGCGGCGCCGUCGAGGAGUCUCCUGACGGUAGGGCUGUCAUCCUAGGCCCCGAUGGCGUUUCUUAUCGUCUCCCCGGCGCCCCAUUCGAGUUUCAGUACAGUUACUCUGAGACACCCAAAGCGAAGCCUCUCGCUAUACGGGAGGCGACCUUCCUCCCUUUCGCUCCGCCGGACAGACCCCGGCCGUGGACCGGCAAAGCCCCGUUGCUUUCCAAGAAGAUGAAAGCCUUGAAGAGAGGCAAGAUUCGACUUUUUGAGCCCUUAAAUCCGCCGGCGAUCAGCGGAGAGGAGGGGGAGCAGGUGAAGGUCUUGGAGAUGAGGGGAAGGUCCGGGGCAGAACUGGGGUCGUAUCCAGAGGAUACGAGAAGCAGGCAGGAGAUAUUGGGGGCGCCGCUCAAGAGGUGGGAGGCGAAGGCGUUAGUGAAGCCACAUCUGUCGCACAAUCGACAGGUCAAUCUUGGGAGAGAUGGAUUGACACAUAACAUGCUGGAAUUAGUGCACACACAUUGGAAAAGGCAGGAGAUUUGCAAGAUUCGGUGCAGGGGCGUGCCAACAGUCGAUAUGAACAAUGUAUGCCGGCAUCUUGAGGAAAAAACUGGGGGGAAGAUUAUAUAUCGGCAAGGUGGGGUUGUUUAUCUAUUUCGUGGCAGAAACUAUAACCCUCGUGUACGUCCACGUUAUCCUAUAAUGCUGUGGAAACCAGCUGCACCUGUUUAUCCAAAACUUAUUCAAGAUGCUCCAGGAGGACUAACAAAACAAGAAGCGGAUGAAUUCAGAAGGAAAGGGGAAAAAUUAUUGCCAAUUUGUAAACUAGCGAAGAAUGGAAUAUAUAUUGAUCUUGUUAAGGAUGUUAGGGAUGCUUUUGAGGAGUGCCGUUUGGUAAAGAUCAAUUGUGAAGGGAUGCAUGCAAGUGAUUAUAAGAAGAUUGGAGCAAAGUUAAUGGAAUUGGUUCCAUGUGUUUUACUGUCUUUUGACAAGGAGCAGAUACUGAUGUGGAGGGGCAAUGAUUGGAAAUCAAAGUUUAAAAAAUCAGCCCCAUCAGUUUCAAGACUUAAUAAAGAUGAUUGUGGUGAUUCAUCUGAUACAAGCAGUCCAGGUCAUGUGGUUAGUAAAUGUAAUGACAACAUCGACAAAAAGGAAGUAUCUAGCUCAAGAAUGUUGGAAUUGUGGAAGCGUGCAAUUGAGACUCAGAAAGCUUUGCUGUUGGAUGCUACUGAACUGAGUCCGGAUUCUCUUCUAGAAAGAGUUGAAGAAUUUGAAGCCAUUUCACAAGCAACUGAGCAUUCUUAUCCAGCCUUAAUAGUCUCUGGCUUAGAAGGUACAGGUACUGAUCUUCUUAAUUCGGAAUCCAAACUUCCAAUUUAUGAUGAUGAUGAUGAUAAGGAAGAAGAAGCUGGCAUGUCCAGUGACACAGAAGCAGAUGAUGAAAUGUAUGAAUUCUAUGACAAUGAUGCCAGUGAGGCAAUUUAGAAUCGUCAGCUAAGAUACAACCGUAUGCAAAUAACCCAUGCUUUUGAAGUUUGUGCUUCAUUCCAUCUGAAGUGGUGGACAACAAGAUUCAUGCUUUCUGUCGGCACUGAUGGUUAAUUGUAAUUAUCUUAUCUUUAAUGAUAUCAUUUAUUGACAUUGUAUUCAUAUUAAUCAACAAUAAAGAUCUUUGGAGUA